AUGCUGACAGAGCAUUCCAAUGACAGUUCGUUUUUGAUCCCAUAUUGUGGUGGUCUUCCGCCAAUGUGCUAUGACUCCGGGGCUGGAGAAGCAUUAUGUUCUUUAACGGAAGACAAUAUAAGCGAAGGGUUAUCGUCGCAAACAGAGCACACCACAACUCGUGAGAGUACUGCUGAGCAACCUCUAAACAAUGAACACCAAGAUGACAUGCAAGACGAGGUUGGUUUUUUUUUAAGGUCAGGAUUUUCUACGCAUCUUGAUUUCGUUUCAAGUAUUUCGUCCUUGCAUGUUUUUUCCUUAGUUGCUUUUCCAAUAGAUUUAAAACCACAUACACGUGUAGUAACUACAAUUAUUUGUUUGCCACGAGGAUACAAUGAGAAAAUGGACGAAGAUGGAUCGGUUAGCUCGUCUGACGACGAAACUUACCGCAUACUAGAAAGACAAUUAAAGAAGAAAGGAGAGGUAGUUAGAUUUCAGCCGCCUAGAGUGACCGUUCACCCAAGACAUUAUAAAAGAUUUGGUAAGAUGGAACGUUGUGCACUGGCAGAAUUCGACUAUCUCCAGGAUAUAUCGACGGACGUGAGUGCUCUACAGUCAAGCCCCGAGGGUCAUCACAAUGUAGCAAUCUGA